GUAAGACUCGCAAUAGCUAGUUUGUUAAGAGGCUAUAGCUGAAUGUGCAGCAAAGACUCUCAAGUCUAACUGCGCUCUUUGGUUUAAAUACUCAUUUAGAGUUCAGUAAGAUGGAUAUGAAAAAGAGAAUUCACCUGGAGUUGCGGAACCGGACGCCGUCAGACGUGAAAGAGCUUGUGCUCGACAACUGUCGGUCAAAUGAGGGCAAAAUCGAGGGCCUCACUGAUGAGUUUGAGGAACUGGAAUUUUUAAGCACAAUCAACGUAGGCUUAACAUCAGUCGCCAAUUUGCCCAAGCUAAACAAACUCAAAAAGCUUGAGCUUAGCGAUAACAGAAUCUCAGGGGGUCUGGAGGUCCUGGCAGAGAAGUGUCCCAACCUCACCCAUCUCAACCUCAGCGGCAACAAAAUUAAAGACCUCAGCACCAUCGAACCCCUGAAAAAAUUGGAGAGCCUCAAAAGUUUAGACUUGUUCAACUGUGAGGUGACAAACCUGAACGACUACAGAGAAAAUGUUUUCAAGCUGCUCCCUCAGUUGACGUAUCUCGACGGCUAUGACAAAGAGGAUAAAGAAGCGCCCGACUCUGACGCCGAAGCUUAUGUCGAAGGCCUAGACGACGAUGAGGACGAUGAAGACGUUUUGUCUACAGAGGGAGAAGAGGAGGAGUAUGAUGAAGAUGCAGCUCCAGGAGAUGAAGAUGAGGAAGAGGGAGAGGAGGAUGACGAGGAAGAGGGAGAAGAGGAGGAAGAAGAGGACAUCAGCGGAGAGGAGGAGGAGGAGGAAGAGUUAAAUGACGGCGAGGUAGAUGAUGAGGAAGACGUUGAGGAAGAGCGGGGUCAGAAGAGGAAAAGAGAGCUGGAUGAGGAAGGGGAGGAAGAUGAUGACUGAACAUGCACUCCCCCCAUUGUGAUCGGAGCGUUUAACCCCUGUAUAUCUGUCCUAUUGUCACUCUGCGAUGGUUUGGGGAGGUAUUCAAAUGGUAGGGGGUGGGUUAGUAUAAACGAGGACACCGUUUAAAUAUUUGUUUUUAGCUUUUUUGUUGUUGAUGUUGUUGUUGUUUUCUUAUGGUUUGGUUUGUACUUUCAGUUUGAUUCCCUUCAUUUUCUCCGAAAGCUCUUCAAAUGGCUGACAACACAGUGUGGAAAAUUAUCAUUGUUGAAAAAAAAAAAAAAGACCAGUAUGCUCUUGUAAUUUUUCCCUUGUCUUUACUGUUGAUGCCUAAAUGCUGGUGAUGACUUGUGUAUUAAAAAAGAAAAAAAACAAACAACCAAAAACCUUU